AUGCCACCGUUAAAACCCAUCUUUUAUUUUGGGUUUCUUAUUAUAUUUAGUUUGGUGAUUUCCCUUUGUGGUGCUGAUGAUGGGUCUAAUUGCCCCAAAACUAAUACUUCGCUUCUAAACUACACAUCCCAAUUCUGGAUGGUUCAACACCAAUUGCGUGGGGUAUUCACUGUCCUAGAUGACUGUUCGUUUAAGGUUUCUCAUUUUGAUAUGCUUCAAGGGUCUGAAGAUGUUCAUUGGUGGGGUGCCUCUGGUGAAACCUUCGAAAAUCUCACUCAGGGUUUUGUGAUCUCGGAUCAUAAGUUGAAUCAGACCUAUAAAAAUGAUAGCUUUGUUGUGAAUUUGAUGAAAAAUGUUACCUGGGAUCAGAUCAAAGUCCUUUCUGUUUGGGAUGUGCCUACUGCAUCUGAUUUUGGUCAUGUUGUCCUGGGGAGUAAUUAUUCUUCCACAGAUUUUAAUGACACUGGUACCUUGGCCCCUACCAUGUUUAAAAAUUGUAAAGUUUUGUCAGAUGAGUAUAGGGUUCGGUGGAAUUUAAGUGAAGAUGGGGAGUUUGUUGAUGUGGGGCUGGAAGGUGCUAUUGGUGUUCUGAAUUAUAUGGCCUUUGGUUGGGCUAACCCCAAUGCUUCUGAUAAGGUUAUGGUGGGUGGUGAUGUCACAGUGUCUGGAUUUAAGGAGGACGGAUUGCCGUUUGCUGAUGAUUAUUUCAUUUCGAAGUAUAGUGAAUGUGUAGUUGAUGAGGAUGGGAAGUUUCAGGGGGUUUGUCCAGAUACUAUGUUUGAAAGCUCUGAUCCUGUAGGUCUGGUUAACAAUACGAGGCUCACAUAUGGGCAUAGGAAAGAUGGGGUUUCUUUUAUAAGGUUUAGGAGACCUUUAAAGAGUGUCGAUGAGAAGUAUGAUUUGGUUAUUGAUGGGAAAGCUAACAUGACUGUCAUCUGGGCCUUGGGGUUGAUAAAGCCACCUGAUAAACUUCGCCCAUUUUAUCUUCCUCAAAACCAUGGUGGUACCUAUGGGCACUUGAUUCUUAACUUAUCAGAGAGUGUGAAUGAUUGUCUGGGCCCGUUGGAUGCAGACAAUAAGGAGGACCAAGAUCUUGUUAUUGCUGCUAAGGAGCCUUUAGUUGUUUCAACUGGUUCAGCGAUGCAUUAUCCAAAUCCCCCGAAUCCAUCAAAAGUUCUUUACAUUAACAAUAAGGAGGCUCCUGUUCUUCGGGUAGAAAGGGGGGUUCAAGUCAAGUUCUCCAUUCAAGCUGGGCAUGAUGUUGCAUUUUAUAUCACUUCUGAUCCACUUGGUGGAAAUGCUACCCUGAGGAAUAUGUCUGAGACUAUCUAUUUUGGGGGUCCUGAAGCAGAAGGUGUCAAAGCCAGCCCUAAAGAAUUAGUUUGGGCGCCUGACCGCAACACCCCUGAUCAAGUUUAUUAUCAUUCUGUUUAUACCCCAAAAAUGGGUUGGAAAGUUCAGGUUGUGGAUGGGGGUCUGCCAGACAUGUACAACAGCAGUGUUGUUUUAGAUGAUCAGCAAGUUACGCUUUUUUGGACGUUAUCAAAAGAUUCAAUUUCAAUUGCAGCUCGAAGUGAGAAGAAGAGUGGUUAUCUUGCAAUUGGGUUUGGCCGGGAAAUGAUAAACAGUUUUGCCUAUGUGGCUUGGAUUGAUGAGAGUGGUAAAGGAAGGAUAGAUACUUAUUGGAUUGAUGGAAAGGAUGCCUCGAGCUUGCAUCCAACACAUGAGAAUUUGACAUAUGCAAGGUGCAAGUCUGAAAACGGAAUGAUCACUAUGGAGUUCACUCGUCCUUUGCAUCCAUCGUGUGAUAAAGGGGAUGAAAGGCCAGAAUGUAAGAACAUUGUCGAUCCAACAACCCCUCUCAGGGUUAUCUGGGCUAGGGGUGCUCAAUGGUCUGAUGACCACUUGAGUGUAACCAAUAUGCACUCUGUUACAAGUAAGAGACCUGUUAAUGUGCUGCUUAUGCAUGGUUCUGCAGAGGCAGAAGAGGAUUUACGUCCCGUGCUAGCUGUGCACGGAUUUAUGAUGUUUCUCGCUUGGGGUAUAUUACUUCCUGGCGGUGUCCUAGCUGCUAGAUACUUGAAGCAUGUGAAAGGUGAUAAAUGGUUUCAACUUCAUGUUUACCUGCAGUACUCUGGAUUAUCAAUAAUUUUUCUUGGCUUUCUUUUUGCGGUAGCUGAACUUCGAGGUUUUGUUUUCCAGUCAGUACAUGUUAAAUUUGGCAUGUUGGCUAUAUUGUUGGCUGUUGCUCAGCCAUUGAAUGCAUACUUUCGGCCUAAGAAACCUUCAAAUGAAGAAGCGGUUUCUCAGAGGAGGAUGAUUUGGGAAUAUAUCCAUGUUAUCGUAGGCAGGUGUGGCAUUCUUGUUGGAGUUGCAGCUCUUAUUAGCGGAAUGACCCAUUUGGGAGAAAGGUAUGGUGAUGAAAAUGUCCAUGGACUUACAUGGGCUUUAAUACUUUGGUUCUUGAUUGGUGCUUUGACAGUAUUGUACUUGGAGUACCGUGAGAAAAAGAGAAGACGUGAGAGAGUUUCUGGAGGAAGUAAUUGGGUGUUGGGUAAUGGUGAGGAGGAGGAUGUUGAUCUUUUGAACUCAAAUCGGGCAGUGCCCGAAAAAGAUGCACAUUCUGAAAGAAUGGAAGUUCAACUGGAACCUUUAAGCAGAUAG